CACGUGGCUGCAGAGGUCACUGAAAAGCUAAGAAGCCAAGGUAGCUUGAGAACACCAUGGCUGCCCUACCAACUCUGAAAGAACAAGAAACCGUCUUCCCAAGAGUGAAGUCUGAGCCGACCUUUCCUGUCGCGCAUAUUGUCAGUGGCUGUGAGUCAGAGAGCUCUGGCUUCAGGUCUCGCAAUGGUUCCUCUGCCGACAGUACUCGAUCCUCUUCUCCCAGCCCUCCUAACUCGGCACUACCCAUCACACUACUGGACAAGAUACAUACUAAGAUCGCAAAGAAAGAGAGAUUUUUCUCACUGGAAUUCUUUCCUCCACGAACAGCCGCUGGAGCUGUGAACCUGAUUAACCGGUUUGACCGGAUGUUUUCAGGCGGUCCAUUGUUCUGUGAUGUGACAUGGCAUCCAGCCGGAAACCCUGGAGGCGAAUCAGAGACAAGCUCCAUGGCGAUUGCCAGUGCUGCCCUCAACUAUUGCAGCCUGGACACUAUGCUGCACAUCACAUGUGCCAACCAGACCAAGGAGGUCAUUACUGCUCAUCUUGAGAAGGCUAAAGCUAGAGGCAUCAAGAAUAUACUAGCACUCAGAGGAGAUCCCCCGGGGGAUGAUGAGUGGAAGGCUAGUGAGGACGGGUUCUCUUAUGGGACGGAUAUUGUGAAACAUAUUAGGGAAAACUUCGGAGACUACUUCACAAUCUGUGUGGCAGGCUACCCCAAUGGCCACCCCGACUGCUCGACCUACGAUGAGGACAUACGACACUUGAAGGAGAAAGUGGAUGCCGGGGCAGACUUCAUCAUCACUCAGCUCUUCUUUGAUGCUCAGACUUUCAUCGACUUCUACAAUGACUGUCGGAAGAUUGGAAUCGAGGUCCCCAUUAUCCCUGGAGUCAUGCCGAUACAGGGUUACCAGAGUUUACGACACCUGGUGAAGCUCUCACGUCUUGAAGUGCCUCAGGACAUUCUCACUCAGUUGACUGCCAUCAAGGAUGAUGAUGCAGCUGUGCAAGCAUACGGUGUACAACUAGCAGUCAACCUCUGUAGAGAACUCUUUGAGUCUGGCUUGGUGUAUGGCCUCCAUUUCUACACCCUCAACAGAGAGGUGGCAGUCAUUGAGAUCCUACAACAACUGGGCCUCUGGUGUGAGGACCCACUCACCCUCAAGACUCUCCCAUGGAAAGCCCCCGUCAAUCAUAAACGAUUCUCAGAAGAUGUACGCCCAAUUUUCUGGUCUAUGCGCCCGAAAAGUUACAUUCAUCGUACUCUAGAAUGGGACAAUUUCCCGAAUGGUCGCUGGGGCAACUCGUCAUCGCCUGCUUUCGGAGAGCUGAGAGACUAUUACUUGUUUUAUCUGCGGAGUCGGCACAAGCCUGAGCGACUGCGUGCAAUGUGGGGAGAGCAGUUGGACACGGAACAAGACGUGUUUGACGUGUUUGAGUGCCACAUUGCCGGGAAAAAGAACAAGAAUGGAGUCAAGGUGAGCACGAUCCCGUGGAAUGACGAGGACUUUGCUCUGGAGACGUCUCUGCUCACUCAGAGUCUAGCACAUGUCAACAAACAUGGCUUCCUCACCAUCAACAGUCAGCCCGCCAUUAAUGCCACACCCUCCACUGACCCCAUUGUAGGCUGGGGCAGCAAGGGAGGCUAUGUCUAUCAGAAGUCUUAUCUCGAGUUCUUCACCAGUCCGCAGUACAUGGCGAUAUUGGUGGAGGUGCUCCAAAACUACCCCUCCGUGAGCUACCACAUUGUGAACAAGCUGGGCACUGAGAACCUGUCCGACACUGACUCCACCCAGCCCAUUGCCGUCACCUGGGGCGUCUUCCCAGGCAAGGAGAUAGUUCAACCCACUGUGGUCGACCCUGUCAGCUUCAACAUUUGGAAGGAUGAAGCGUUUGCUCUGUGGAACACACACUGGGCCAAGCUGUACACACCAAGCUCCACAUCUCAAGACCUUAUCAAACACAUCUCCGACACCUACUACCUCAUCAAUCUGGUUGACAACGACUUUGUGGCCGGCAACUGUCUCUUCCAAGUGCUGUACGAUGUGUUGGAGAGAGAGGGGAAACCCCGUGGGCCAUCUAAUUAACUCUGAGAAUAAACUAUUAAGAAUUCUUUGUAUAGCUUUUUCACAUUUCCCAAUUUUGCUCUCCCAGCACAACACCCCAGUGUGUUGUAUUCAUAUUUAUGAUGGACGCUUAUUAUUUAUUAUUUUCUACCUAAUAUUCUUUUUGUACAGUAUAAUAAUUAUACACAUAAAAAUUAAACAGCAUUUGUUAAUUGG